AGAGGGGGUCAAGCUGCCAGUAGCUCUGUUCCUAGACUCACCCAGCACAAGGAGUGGUGUUUCAAAGGGUCCCUCCUGCCUCAGCCAAUCGCCAAACCAUUCUCCCCCUCUUCGGAGCCCUAGGGACAGCAGGACAGGCGUGUGACAGAGGAACUCCAGAAGCAACUCCUGAGCCACAACGGAUUCCUGCUCGUGUUCCCCGCUGCCUCCCUUUACGCUGUGCAGCUGCUGGGGUCAGCAUGGAGGAGGGGAGGGGACUGGAAUGAGUUUCUGCCUUUCGCUGCUGUCCCCAUCACGCACCUGGAAUCCAGGUUAUGAAUGGUGCGGAGGGAAUGGAGGAGGAGAGGAAGGCAGGGUCCCCCCGGGAGCGACCCCACCACCGCAGCCCCUAAUCCGCCGCCAGCGGGGCCGAAAGCUCAGCGCGGGGAACCGAAGCACGUGGCGAGCGCGGCCGCACGUGGUCCCGCCGUUUCAGCCCCGUGCGCGCCCCUUGCCUGCGGGGGAGGGGCUGCGGGGCGGGGCGGGGCCGGGAGAAUGGGGCGGGGCUCUAGGGAGCUGUCCGCGAUCCCAGUGCUGAAGUCGGUGCGGACGUGCAUCGCCCGCGCGGACGCCCGACGCCUGUUGUCUCUGCCGGCUGAGACCAUGGCGUUCAUGGUGAAGACCAUGGUGGGUGGCCAGCUGAAGAACCUCACUGGGAGCCUGGGAGGCGGCGAGGACAAGGGAGAUGGGGACAAAUCGGCCGCCGAGGCGCAGGGCAUGAGCCGAGAGGAGUACGAGGAGUAUCAGAAGCAACUGGUGGAAGAGAAGAUGGAGCGGGAUGCGCAGUUCACGCAGAGAAAAGCGGAGCGGGCCACGCUGCGGAGUCAUUUCCGAGACAAAUACCGACUGCCCAAGAAUGAGACAGACGAGAGUCAGAUCCAGAUGGCAGGGGGGGACGUGGAGCUGCCCCGGGAGCUGGCCAAGAUGAUCGAGGAGGACACAGAGGAGGAGGAGGAGAAGGCUUCGGUGCUUGGGCAACUGGCCAGCCUCCCUGGCUUGGAUAUCGGCUCCCUCAAGGACAAGGCCCAGACUACACUGGGAGAGCUCAAGCAAUCUGCUGAGAAGUGCUACAUCAUGUGACUGUGUCCCCUGGGGUGGCUGCAGGGACAGCCAGAGGGCUGGGCUUCCAUGAGGGCCAAAAGGUACUUGUACCCCACUGGAGCUCUGCUCCUUGCCCCAGCUUGGCUUCUGACCCUUCUUGCUUGUACCCAUUCCUCAUCCUAGCCCGUAAGACCCUCCCCGGCAAUCAGCCCAGGAGACCUCCAAGCCUGUAGAAAAGAGCUGGUCCUCUCUGGGUGUGCCCCAACUUCCUGAACACAGAUGCAGUUACAGAGGGACAUGAAACCCCUGGCACACACAGAGACAUCCUCUGUGUACCCAGCCUUUUUGGUCAAUAGCCCCAGAUGCUGCCAGAGGGGACCCUGGGCAGCACCCUCAGCACACAGGAGGCUACAUCCCAGUCUCUACCUUUAUUGUUCUUGAAGCCUGCUCUUUCUGGCCUCAUCUCUUCAUCUGUAAAAUGGGAAAAGACCCUGUAAUGUCUAAGAUUCUGGCAUGGCACCCUGCCAUGUGGAGCAUGGCAAUGGCUGCUCCACAGCUAUAGCAGCUGCCACCCAGGCUCUGAAGUGGAGCAAUGGUGAGAGGGGCAGAGUGCCAAGGAUGGGGCUGGCACUGAGCAGCAGCCUAGGCAGCUCCAGGCCUCUCUGGGCCCAGGGCCCAGCCAAUUUCUGUUCUGUCCCUGUAGAACUCUUUCUCUGUGUGGAUUCCAUAGCUGGAAUCUCCUCUCCCACCUCAGUGAAAAAUAAAAAUUCCAGAUGACAUAGCCAUCUUCCCCCUGCUUCCUGACCUUAACUCUGGGAGCUCACAUCCCCAGACUCUACCCUUGGAAGGGUGACCUCUUCCUCCUCACCUACAGCUUCAAAGGAGGGAGGGGCAUCAGUGCCAGGGGACAUUGGUGCCAGCCCCUAUAGGAAGUUCAGGCUCUCCUCUUUUAGAACCUUGGGUAAGGGAGCAGAAGGUCUAGCCUGGGACUGGGUGAACUAAGAUGGACUCAGCCACUGGGACAGAUAUGGCACCCAGCUGGAUGGGGUUGUAUAUGACAAGAUGGGACGUGGGAGUGUUGCCUAAGACCACAGCAGACUCCAGCCCUUUUGUCUGUACCCAUCCUCAAGAUGCAAUGGAUAAACAGAUGGAACCAGAAGACAAAGGGACUGCACCUCAGCCCAGCAGUACUGUGUGGUUUCCUCCAGGUCCUUUCCCUAUCCGAGCCUGCCCAGAAUAACAAUGAUAAAUGUUUCACA